AGAUAAGAUAAAAAAAUGAUGUAUAUUCCAUAUAAUAUAUCCAGCUGCAAACGCUCCAAAGGGUUGGCCGUUCUGUUGUCUCCGCCACCACAGGAGAGCAACAGUAUGACUUCCGGCGCUGGCUCCGAUUCCAGCAGGCGAUUGAGGGCGUUUAAGCGGUGGAUGAAAUGGCAGUCGAUCGAAUGCAGCGACGCCCUCCAGCUCACCGACAGCCCUGAUCAGGGGAUCGCAGUGAGAGCCCGCUGCGACUUAAAGGAAGGGGAUGCGGUCGCCACCAUCCCCAAGACAGCUUGCCUCACCAUCAAGACAACCGGCGCCCAGGAGAUGAUUGAAGCCGCCGGUCUGGAGGGCUGCUUGGGGCUGUCUGUCGCCUUAAUGUUCGAGAGGAGCUUGGGCCAAGUGUCUCCCUGGGCUGGGUACCUCCAGCUCCUGCCUCCUCAGGAGCCCAUUCCCCUCACCUGGACUUCCCGAGAAGUCGACCUGCUUCUCCGCGGAACCGAGCUCCACAAGGCCGUGAAGGAGGACAAGGCUCUUAUUCGUGAGGACUGGAAGGAAUGUAUCCUGCCCCUGCUGGAUUCCUUCUCAGAGCUCAACCCCGGUUUCUUCGGGGUCAACCAGUAUCUGGCUGCUAGAAGUCUCAUUGCUUCUCGGUCCUUCGAGAUUGAUGACUAUCAUGGAUUUGGCAUGGUCCCAUUGGCAGACUUGUUUAAUCACAAGACUGCAGCCGAGGAUGUACACUUCACCUCACUAUCUUCUCAUAGUGAAUCUGAUAAUGAUGAUGUGGAUGAUGACCAAUUAACUAAUGUCUUUGAUGAGAAGGCAUUGGUUACAUCUCCCUCUGGUAACAAUUCCGAGAGCAAUAAUGAAGUUGAUCAUCCUCCUCCCUUGCCAGAUGAUUUCACUGUAUUAGGAAUGAUUAUGGUGAAAGAUGUCAGAGGAGGGAACGAGGUUUUCAAUACCUAUGGGUCUUUGGGUAAUGCAGCGUUACUUUACAGAUAUGGAUUUACCGAGGAAAACAACCCUUAUGACAUAGUGAAUAUUGACUUGGAACUGGUGCUUCAAUGGAGCUCUUCUUCAUUCUCAAAUCGACACACCAGAGCACGGGUGGCCUUGUGGAGGAGGUUAGGUUAUUCUGGAUGCGAAAGUCAGGACUCCGAGUACUUUGAGAUUUCAUUCAACGGGGAGCCUCAACUGGAGCUACUCAUUCUGUUAUACAUAAUAUUGUUGCCUGAGGAUGCUCAUCGAGUGUUGGAUCUUGCAGUUCCAACCAAAGGCAGUUACAGCUCAGGCAAGAUUUUGCCCCAUAGUGACACCUGUGUAGGGCAAAUAGCAUCGGAGAUGAGCAGGGAUUUAGUGCUGACAGAAAGUGUUUGUAAUGCACUUUUGUCACUUGCAUACGUCAGGGAGAGUCUGUAUGGUAUGAAUACGAUCGAAGAUGAUGUUGAAGCUCUGAGGAGGUGUUGUUGCAACCGAGAGAGAAAGUUGUAUCACUCUUUGAUGCUGCGAGUGAGUGAGAGGAGGAUCUUGGGGAAGCUCAGGAGUUAUGCUUCUUUUAGAGGUGUAUCAUUUGAAUGUGCAAAAGCCUCUGAAAGGAAAAAGUUGAAGAGGAAAUAAUCAUAAAGCUCAAGAAACUUCUGCUCUAUUUUCAUCUUCCUGUGCUGAUUCCAUCCAGAUUAUGCCACUAUACAGUAGGAGCUGAAGCUGAUCUUUGCAAGACUUGGGUGGGAGGAUGUAUUAGCUUGAGCCAAGUUGUGGUUCAUUUAUAUGGAUAACUCGGGUUCUUCUGGUUUGGCUGGAAAAAUAUUCCACAAGGGAUCAAUUUUGCUCUGAUUGAGUGCUGUACUUUUAUUGACUGAAAAAUUAAUGAUGGAACUGAAAGGGCAUGUAAUGGCAUUGCAUUUCAAAUAUUUGUGUUAUACCAUCCCAUCAUCAGGAUGUGAUUGAGUCGCCUUUCUCAA